AUGGAAGGAGAUCUAGUCCCAGAAUCCGUUAAAGCACUUGGUUCAUCAGCAUCUCCAGCAACCGCCGCCGCCUCAUCUCCUGCAGCACCACAUUCACCCUAUGUUGCAAUUGAAGUCGCUAAUGCAUCACCACCGGUUGACCCACAAUCUAUCAACAAGAGACAUUCAACUGCAGUCCACCCAGAAUCUGCUCGUCCACAUGAUGCUGUGACUAAAGAUGAUGGUGGAUACACGCUUUCAUGGCACGAUCUAUCGUAUACAGUAAAGAUCGGCAAGAAGCCGCAAGUUUCAAGAGUUUUGUUGAAUAACCUUAAUGGAUUUGCAGCGCCUGGAGAGUUGGUGGCUAUUAUGGGUGGCAGUGGUGCUGGAAAGUCGACUUUAUUAAACGUCUUGUCUGGCCGUGUAGGAGCGGGUGAACUGGGUGGUAAAGUCUUGAUCAAUGGACAUGAACGUUCACCCAAGACAUGGCGUCGAAUCGCUGCUUGCAAUGUCCAAGAAACUCUGGAAUUCGCUGCCAAGUUACGACUACCAAAGUCGCUGACACAUGCACAAAAGAUGGAACGAGUCAACGAUGUGAUUAUGGAACUUGGCCUAUCACAUAUCCGAAGCACGCCGAUUGGAGACUCUGAAUUACGAGGAAUAUCAGGUGGAGAACGUAAACGAGUUGCUAUUGGAGUCGAGCUCUUAACUCGUCCCAAGAUCCUGUUUCUGGAUGAGCCGACAUCUGGGUUGGACUCGUUCAACGCCAACAAUUUGAUGACAUUGGUUAAGGGAAUGGCCGUGUCCCGUCAUCAAACUGUUGUUGCUACCAUUCAUCAGCCCAGAACUGAUAUUCUGGAAAAGUUUGAUAAGGUUAUCUUGCUUGCUAAUGGGAAGCUUGUUUGGUUUGGUACUGUGUCAGGUGCCCUUCACCACUUUGCAUCAUUGGGAUACCCACUACCUGAUCAAACCAAUCCGUCCGAUCACUUCCUCGACAUUGUUACCCCAGACAGAAGAACCAAGGAACGAGAAGCAGCAUCACUAGACAGAAUCGAAACGUUCGCGAAAGCUUUCGAAGCUGCUCCGAAAGCAGUCAUGCCAGAUACAAGAUCAGCAGAUGACGAGUUGAAGGAUUCAAUUGCUACUUGGAACUCUACGUGGUUUUACGAAUUGACAGUCUUAUUUGCUCGAAACAUUAAAGAAGUAUUUAGAGAUAAGGCUACGUGGUUUGCUACGAUUGGACAGUCGAUCUUCUUGACUAUCUUGCUUGGCUUCAUAUACUUUAGAGUUGGAUUAGACUCUGGAGGAAUUCAAAACCGUAUUGGAGUUCUUUUCUUCGUCUGCAUCAACCAAUCUUUCGGAGUAAUCAUGCCACAACUACCAAUCUUUGUGCUGCAAAGAAGCAUCGUGAAGCGCGAGAGGGCGGCUGGCUCUUAUCGAAGCUCAUCAGCGUACAUAGCCAAAGCGCUAUCAACAAUCCCAAUCACUCUUCUCGGAGCUUUACUUUUGGGAAUACCGUUAUACUGGAUGAUUGGCCUGCAAGCUACUGCAGCCAAGUUCUUCACUUUCCUGCUGAUUUUGGCUGUGCAUGCUUUUACUGCCAAUUCGGUUGGGCUCUUCCUUGGAUCUAUUAUUCCCAACUUGGUGGUUGGACAGAUUGUUGGCCCAUUGCUUAUUGUUGUGAUGCUGCUGUUUGCUGGACCGCUCGCUAAUUUGGAUACUGUGCCGGCAGCGUUGAGAUGGAUCCAAUGGAUUAGUUUUGUUACCUACUCAAACAAGGCACUAGACCAGAACGAAUUCACAGGACUAGUUUUUCCAGCCGGUGGACUCUACUCCACUGGCGAGGCAGUGAUAUCGACAUACAAGGUUGAUAAUCCAGCCAUGUGGUAUUGCAUUCUUAUAAACUUUUGCAUGGCAUUGGGCUGGAUGUUUCUUGGAUAUCUCGGAUUUGACCGUACUUCGAGACCACUGUUGAGACUCAAAUAG